AUGGAAACACUGAAUACCAGCCGCUUCCACCCUGAAUAUUUCUAUCUGAUUGGAAUACCCGGCUUGGAGAGCUCCCACCUUCUCCUCUCCGUCCCGUUCUGCUCCAUGUAUCUCCUGGCCGUGUUGGGAAACUCAUUCUUGGUGUACGUGAUUGCAACUGAGGAACGUCUCCACCAGCCCAUGUACGUGUUCUUGGUCAUGCUGGCCAUCACCGACAUCUUCUUGUGCUCCUCCACUGUGCCAAAGACCAUCAGCAUAUUUUGGUUUAACUCCCACAGUAUUUUGUUUGAAUGCUGCCUCAUCCAGCUCUUCUUCAUUCACUAUCUUUUUGUCAUCGAGUCCUCGGUUCUCCUUACCAUGGCCUAUGACCGAUACAUCGCAAUCUGCUUCCCGCUUACGUACACCGUCACCCUAACAAACACAUUUAUGAGAAGGAUGGUCCUUCUGGUGACCACUCGGGCCUUCUGUAUAAUAACCCCUCUCGUCCUUCUUCUAAACCGGCUUCCGUACCUGGGGACCAACGUGAUAGCUCAUGCAUACUGUGAGCACAUGGCUGUGGCCCGGCUGGCGACGGCAGACAUACUAGUCAAUAGCGUGUAUGGGCUCGUCGCAGCUUUUUCCUCAACUGGUGUCGAUUUGAUAAUUAUUGUCAUGUCCUAUUUUGUCAUCUUCAGGGCUGUUCUCAGACUCCCUUCCACCGACGCUCAAUUCAAAGCUCUCAAUACAUGCAUGUCCCAUGUAUGCAUUAUACUCAUGUUCUACCUGCCAGCUUUCUAUUCUUUCAUCGCGCACAGGGUCGAUCGAGGCCACAUUCCGCCGUAUGUCCACAUCCUUUUGGCCAACCUCUACGUCAUCGUCCCCCCGAUGAUGAACCCCAUAAUCUACGGUGUUAGGACAAAAGAGAUUAGACAGAGAGCGAUGUUUGGCCGGUUCUACAGGAGGAGAAAAAACAUCAUAUCCCUUAACCUAAUUUCUGACAAUUAA